GAUCUAGCGUUUUUUUGUUAGGGCUAUACGCUAUACCCUUUGCUUGCGAGGUUACGAUUGCGACUUGCGACGAGGUCCGUGUUGUUUCUUUCACGGCAAGAUGGCAUCCGCGGUGAUCGAAAAAUAUGUUCUGCACGUGGAAAAGGCCGAAGCUGAAGCGGAAGCCCUUGCCAAAGAAAUCCAGAAACUGCAGGAGUUGAAUGAGUUUCCCGAAGAUGUAAAGCCUCCCCCCGAAUUGACUGCAUUGAUUACGGAAAAUGCAAAGCUCAAGUACAGGAUUGAGUUCCUCAAGCGGAGUGUGGAAAAAGAAGAAGCAACGUGGCAGAACUUCAUGGAGAGCCCCCGGGAUAUUCUGCUGCGGCUUUUCAAAGAGGCAGUGCGAGCAGGAUUUCCUGACCUGACUGACCCUCCUGUGCCUGUCUUACCAAGCACAAAUGAGAAGUUUGGUGAUUACCAAUGUAAUGCUGCAAUGCCCAUCUCGCAGAUGCUGAAGAAAGAAGGAAAGAAUGUGUCUCCAAGGGACGUAGCCAAGCGAAUAAUGGCCAUGUUGCCCGAAAACACAGUGAUUGAGAAGUGCAGCAUAGCUGGGCCAGGAUUCAUCAAUGUAACACUCAGCCAGGACCACAUUAGAAGUGCUGUUGGACGCUUCUUGACAGAUGGGGUGCUACCUCCCCCAAGUGUUGGCCCUCACAAGAAAGUCGUGGUUGAUUUCUCUUCUCCCAACAUUGCCAAGGAAAUGCACGUAGGCCACCUCAGGUCAACAAUCAUUGGGGAAAGCAUCAGCCGUCUACUAGAGUUUGCAGGUCAUCAUGUAGUGCGUCUCAACCAUAUUGGAGAUUGGGGGACUCAGUUUGGAAUGCUAAUCGCCCAUCUGCAAGAUACCUUUCCAGACUACCUUGUUCAUUCACCACCCAUUGGAGACCUUCAAGCAUUUUACAAGGCAUCAAAAAUGCGCUUUGAUGCAGAUGAAGACUUCAAGAAGAGGGCAUACGAGUUUGUCGUCAAACUGCAGUCCCAUGAUGCUGACACAAUCACAGCUUGGAACAUGAUUUGUGAAGUCUCCAGAAAAGAGUUCGCAAGAAUCUACGAGUGCUUGGGUGUAUCAUUAGUGGAACGAGGAGAGUCUUUCUACCAGAAUCUUAUGAAGGAAGUAGUUCAGGACCUCACACAAAAAGGAAUGCUGGAAGAUGAUGAAGGCCGCAAGGUGAUGUUUGCCAAAGGACACACAGUGCCUUUGACUGUGGUGAAAAGUGAUGGAGGCUUCACUUACGACACUUCUGAUCUGGCUGCACUAAAGCACCGGGUUGAAAAGGAACAAGCUGACUGGAUUGUUUAUGUUGUGGAUGCAGGACAGGCCCAGCACUUCAAUACUGUGUUUGCAUGUGCAGAGAGGGCAGGCUACGUUGAUCCAUCUAGGGUUCGCCUUGACCACUGCUGCUUUGGAGUUGUUCUUGGGGAAGACAAGAAGAAGUUCAAGACACGAUCAGGUGAUACAGUGAAGCUCUCUGGGUUGCUCACUGAAGGUCUUCAGCGAUCUUUGCAGAAGUUGCACGAAAAAGAGAGGGAAAAGGCAUUGACACCUGAAGAACUGAAGCGAGCGCAAGAGGCAGUGGCAUAUGGAUGCAUUAAAUAUGCGGACCUCUGUCACAAUCGGGUGCACGAGUAUGUCUUCUCAUUUGAUAGAUACCUUCUGGCAAGGCCGGAGCUAAGGAUGUGCGGGGCCUGAGGCAAAGCCACAUCGGAGGGCCUCUUGGACACCUGCAACAAUGAAGGCUUAAAGCUUUUGCAACCUGGGAACUUGCAACAGGGGAGAGGGAUACAAAACUUGUGUGCAGGGCUGGCAAGUGAAAUCACAAGACACCGGGGAUAAGUAAUAUUGAGCCCCUCCUGGGCCACUCUCCUCACAUCUCGAUAACAUAUACUGUAAACGUAUUUUUAUUCGUAAUGUAUGAAUUUUCAUGAAUUUUGUGACCACUAAAAAAUCGCGAAAAAUUGUACUCACGAACACAGCUUGAUGUUUAUCCCGCUAAACGAAACAGCCCUAAAAUCGCAAAAUGAAAUACUCACAAAUAAUUUUGCAAAUGACUGAAUGCGCGAUUUGCCAAAAUUAAUACAUUGCGAAUAAAAAUAAGUUUACAGUAGUUCCUCCCCCUUCUCGCCGGCCCUGUGUGCAUGUGUCCCUCAUCACAAUUUGAAUUUCUAGAUAAAAAGAGAAGAAACUUU